CCUAUGCUUUUCUUGAUUUAAAUUACAACAGCACCUCAUCAAAUUGGCACAGCGUGCAUGUGCUUUUAAUAUCUUCCACUGUAUUGACAGAUCAAGUCAUGCUGCUUGCAGCUCGGAGCUAUGAGGAAGAAGAUCAAUAUGCCAGACAAGAUGAAAAAGAUGCAAGAGCGUCGACAGAAGAUAACACAAGACCAUCAGAAUCAUAGUGUUCCGCCAGAAAUUCGCACCAAUGACCAGCAAUUUCUUGAUAUCUGGGAAAAUGCAGGGAAUGUGGAGGAAGCAGAAAUUAUCGGGAGGACCGGCGAUAAACUGGAAAUAUUGGCUCGUUUAUCUGGGAGCACCACUGAAGGGACCACCUUCGUUCCCAUAUGGGGCUUUGUAGGCAUUGGAAAGACCACAUUGGCAAGAUUGGUCGCCUCGGGCGUGAUCAAGGUGGUGAUCAAGCAGCUCGGAUCCGCCAUCGUGGGCAAGAUCAAGCUGCACAAGAAACUGACCGAAGACCUGGAGAAGUUGAAGAUGACGCUGGAGUCGGUGGAGGCCGCGCUCAGCGACGCCGAGAGGCGGUCCAUCACGGACAGAUCGGCGCUCCUGUGGGUGAACCGGCUCAAGGCCGCCAUGUACGACAUCUCCGACAUGCUUGAUGACUACGAAUCUGACGCCGGCCUGUUCGGAGCUAUGAGGAAGAAGAUUAAUAUGCCAGACAAGAUGAAGAAGAUGCAAGAGAGUCUACAGAAGAUAACAGAAGACCGUCAGAACUACUGUCUUCCGCCAGAAACUCAUACCAACGAGCACCAACUUCCAGAUAUCAGGGAAAAUGCAGGGACCAUAGAGGAAGCAGAAAUUAUUGGGAGGGCCAAGGAAAAACUGGAAAUCUUGGCUCGAUUAUCUGGGAGCACCACUGAACGAACCACCUUCCUCCCCAUAUGGGGCUUUGGAGGCAUUGGAAAGACCACCUUGGCAAGAUCAGUUUACAACGACCCUCAGUUUAAAAAUCACUCUCGGGUAUGGGUCUAUGUUUCCCAGAUAUUUGACUUGAAAAUUUUUGGAAAAACUAUAAUAUCGCAACUAUCAGAACCAGAACCAGAACAAAAGAGCAAGCCGGCACCUGAUUUGCAUAGUAUUAACAUUUGCUUGCAAAAGCUACUCACUGAGAAGAAGAAUAUUUUGAUCAUUUUGGAUGACCUGUGGGAGAAGCAUCCUUCUCAACUAGAACAAUUAAAGGAUAUGCUGAAGCAGGGUGAGGGAUGCAAGGUGACGGUUGUAGUUACCACACGGGAUGAAGGUAUUGCAAAUGAGAUUGGUACUGUUCAGCCAUACAACUUGCCUCAAUUGUCAGAUGAGAUGUGCUGGGAUAAAAUUAGGCAGAAAAGUAAAUUUGAAACAAGGGAUGACAAAGAAAGGUUGGAGCCGAUUGGAAGGGAUAUUGCAAAGAAGUGCAGAGGUGUAGCUUUAGCUGCUCAAUCACUUGGACACAUGUUGAAGUCCAGGCCGCACAGAGAAUGGAAUUCGGUGAAAGCCAAUCACAUAUGGGAUCUAUCUACUUCUACAGAUGCAUCACCAGGAAAUGAAGUGCUUGGAUCCUUGCAGUUAAGCUACAACUUCAUGCCUCCAUACUUGAAGUUAUGCUUUGCCUAUUGUGCAAUCUUUCCAAAGGGUCACAAGAUGAUUAAAUAUGAUCUGAUUCAUCAAUGGAUUGCUCUUGGAUUCGUGGAGGCAUCUAGUACAUUCUCUAAUUGGCGUUCUGGUUAGUGUGCUGAACAUCGAGUUUGUGCCGGAGGUGGUUAAGUGGGCAUAUCGAGGCCACAUAUAUGACCUUGUUAUUGAGUUCGAGGAUGAGAGUAUCUUUGCCGGGAUGGCCAACGGGUCUGAUUCUGAUUUGCACGAGGAUGAUGAUAGUUCGGCACUUAAGGAGGCACCAGCUGCUGAUAGUGGACGUGAGCUGUCCACCACGCAGGGUGCUGAUGCUCAGACGUCUGCGGAUGGGACGGUUACUCCUUCUUCGGUGCCGACGACUACCCUCAGGUUCGGCUCUUUCGAGCCGGCAUCUGCACCCCCGAGACUGUGGAGUGAUCGGGUGGAGUCGGAUGAGGUGUUUGAGCGCUCGCUUCCGGCACUGGAGUUUGAGGAGCCAGUGCUUCCUCCUUUGGGAGAGUCACCGAUCCCGGUUAGGAUUGGGGCGGAGGAGGUCGUUGGCGCGGGAGAGAGUCUGAAGAUGGGGGCUUUGGAUUUUUCAUCUACGGCCGCGACUGUGCAGGUACA